AAGUGGCUGUCCAACACGACAUCUAAGUAAAGUAACUUCUAUAAGCCACGAAAUUUUCUGCCAUCUUUUCCCCGAAUACAAGAUGAGACAACGAGACUUUGUAUUUAUAUUGACAAUUAACUGUUUACGUGUUUCUGGCAGGCGAUGACACCGCGUGUAACUUGUUUUUAAACUGCUUCAGCACCAGUCACCAUAUUGGAUUGACAUACCCUGCCUACAGCAGCUAACUGCACAGCAAAUCGAUGUGACAGACUAAUUGGAGAUUUUGCUGAUGUUGAAACGCCAAUGUAGCAAUAUAUGGUUACAUGGUGUAUUUGCUAAUUGAUAUGCUGUAAAGUUAAAUCGCCACGAGUGAACCCAGGCAGUUUCGAAAAUAUUGGCAAGAGUCGAGUUACCCUCUUUACUUUCUUUUUCGGGGUAAUGCUUGGGCUUCUGCGGAAACGACUUCCAAGGAUGACGGGUCAUUUCCGUAGUAAUGUGUGGGAUCCAGUGCUGAUAAUUUCACAGAUCGUUUCUAUGCAGUGUCAAUUCUAUUUAAUCCUAGGAAUCUGGAAUUACUUUAUGAACACGUUUGGCAAUUUUGAUUCCUCAUUAGAUAAAGUGUUCACUGAAACAGAUCUUGAUGUGUUAGAAACUUCAGGGCGGCUAAAUGUAAUUGCAUUCCUUCUCAACAGUUUAACAAGUGCGCUCGCCCUGUGGUUCAUUGUACAGAGAACCAAACUGUGUUUAGACUUUUCAGUGACUGCCCAUCUGUUUCACUUCCUGGCAUGUGUAAUAUACAAUGGAAAUGUUCCUAGCACUCUACCGUGGUGGAUUAUCAAUGUCAUCAGUAUUGCACUCAUGACUGUCACUGGAGAAUUCUUGUGUAUGCGGACAGAAAUGAAAGCCAUUCCACUCAGUAUGGGGCCGAAGGCAGAUUUGUGAUCAAACAUGUUUUAUAUCAUUGCAUCCAAAUUAAUUUAUUCAUUUCAUCCAUUGUUUAUAAUAUAGCCUGUAAAAUAUUGAAUAAAUAUUCUUAAAUAAAUUG